GACCAAUUAUCCUUCUUGCCAGUUUGUUGUUACUUCUUCGUUCUAAAUAUUCUUCAGAGUAACAUGCGAUAUCCUUUGAGUUACCUCUAAAUCUGACUUCAGCGCUUAAGUAGGCUCUCUCGUUCUGAACAUAUUGGAAUUGUAAUCUGUAAUUGAGGAUUGAAGUUAUAGAAGUAACUUUUAAGACGUGCGGUACUGUUAGGCAUGCAGAGUGUUUUGAUCUUACUAAAGUGAUAUCUGAAGUGUCAGCAUUUGACUUUACGCCUAGUUAAGUUCUCAGUAUAUAGACCAAACAAUCGUGAAUCAAAACCUCGUACGAUUAUUGAAUUCAUCUAGGAAAAUUUCGUCUUUAGCCAAUUUGCAAAUGUCGGAUUCAGACUCAUCAUGCGAUGUACAAGAAAUCUUGGCCUGCCCUGGGUUGUAUGAAGAAAUUACACAUGAGAAGAAACAUGUGUAUAAUAAGUCAGCUCUAAUGAAUACUCUCAAUAGUAUUCGAAAAAAUCUUCCAUGGAUCGAGCGAUUAGAUGUCACAUGUAUGGCAGCUCCAGCUCAAAAAGAUUUAGAUUUGGAUGACUUACAACAUAUCGACCCAGAUGAUGAUUUUAAACGUGAAAACUUUUUUUACUGUGUAGCUCAGGCAGCGGUGCUUAUAGCUAUACCUCAGUUACACGCUUUAGAUGUACCGACUAAACGUCCAUCUGAUUACUUUGCAGAAAUGGUCAAAACAGAUGAUCACAUGACAAAGGUUAAAAAAUAUCUAAUUGAAACUAAACAAAAAUUAGCAUUACGUGAACGUGCUAGACAAAUAAGAGAACGACGUAAAUUUGGUAAACAAGUUCAACAGACUGUUAAUCAAACACGUAAAGAAGAAAAACGUAAACUAACGGAAGCUGUAAAGAAUACAUGGAAAAAAACUGGAAUUAAUCGUGAAGAAAAACUAGAACAAAUAUUAAAUGAAUUUAAGAAAGAUUAUGAACCGAAAAAUGAUAAGUCCAACAUGAAAACAUCAUCAUCAAAGAGUUUUCAUACAGCAAAAGAUUAUGCAAAUCGGCGAAAAAUUAAUCAAAAACGUGUUUAUAAAAAUAAUAAAUAUGGUCAUGGUGGACAAAAAAAGCGUCAAAAACGUAAUACAUCUGAAUCAGUUAAUAUUGGAGCACGACGUGAUUUCAGUCAAUUAAAACAUCAAGCUACACCAAAUAAAGCUAAACAAAUUCGUUUAAAUUAUCGUAAAUUAAAACAAAAACAUAAAAAAAUGACAAAAAAACGUGGUUAAAACAUAUGAACUUGUAUAUUUCACAUUUAUAAAAAAAAAUUAUAUAAAUGAAAUGUGUAUUCAACUUAUUCUUUUGUCUUUUGAAAUAUUGAAAACAUGAAGUUCAAUGAAGGGAUCUCUUUUGAAUGAAUUCAUUAUCAAACGGUACUGAGUUCGAGUCCCAGAGUGAACAUCAACUCUGAGAUGCAGGCACAUCCAGCUGACGAGUCCCAAACAGGCCGAAACGCGCGUCCUGGAUUCCACUGCUAGCCACUAUCCAUCUUUGCUUAUAAUGCUUGUAAAUUAAAGCAAUAUCGAGGCAUACGCACAGUAUGCACAUAUGCCAAUAAGAGACUGAUCAAUUUCAGUCCUAAAACAUCAAUGGGAAGAUUCAAGUAAAACAAUAUCAAGUGUUAAAGUACUAGUUCCAAUAAGGACAUAUGAAC